AUGGGGACCCACUCUCUGCAGUACCACUACACUGCAGUCACAACAGGGAUCAGUUUCCCAGAUUUCACUGCUGUUGGUCUGGUAGAUGGAGGGCAGAUUGUUUACUCUGACAGUAACAUCAGAGAGCUGAUCCUAAAGACGGAGUGGAUGAAGAAGGUUGAUGCUGAUGAUCCAGAUUACGGGAGGACUGAGACAGAACUUAUAAAGGGUCAUCAAGAGGAUUUAGAGAUUCUACUGAAGACAGUAAUGGAAGAGUUCAAUCACACUCAAGUUCAUGUACUGCAGAGAUUGUUUGGCUGUGAGCUUGCUGAUGAUGGUACUGUUAGAGGAUUUGAUCAGUACGGUUAUGAUGGAGAAGAUUUCAUCAGUCUAGAUCUGAAAACUGAAACCUGGACUGCAGCAAACGCUAAAGCUGUACAUACCAAACAUGAGUGGGAUGCUACAGAUGAAGCUAAAAUCCGAAAGAACUACCUGGAGAACACCUGUAUCGAGUGGUUGAGGAAGUACAUGUCGUACGGCAGAGAGACUUUGGAGAGGAAAGAUCGUCCUGAAGCCUCCGUGUUCCACAAGAACUUCCCUCAACCAGAGCUGGUGUGUCACGCUACAGGUUUCUUCCCCAGUGGACUGGUGAUGUUCUGGCAGAAGAACGGACAUGAAGUGCACGAGGACGUGGAGAUCACAACGACUGCACCAAACCAGGAUGGAACCUUCCAGAAGAGAGCUGCUCUGAGAGUCUCACCUGAGGAGCUAAUGGAACAUGAAUACACCUGUGUGGUUCUGCACAGCAGCCUGGAGAGGGACUUAGUGCUUAAAGCUAGUGAUGCACGAGACUCAUCUGGUGGAGUUCCUCUUGGUAUCAUUGUUGGUGCAGGCGUGGCUGUUCUUGCUCUGGUUGCUCUGAUUGUUGGAGUUCUGAUCUGGAAGAAGAAGAAGAAUUCUGGUGCCUCUUUCAAGCAGCAUGAUACGUGCAAUCAAAUUAAAUUCUGGAAAGAGUUCAGCAUUCAUGAUUUCUGA